AUGGCAAAGGAAGUUGGCGGAAUUCAACAUCUUGGUUUCACUCAUAUUGAUUUGAAGAAUUAUUUGAGAACAAAGAGGACUUUGGAGAUUAAACAAGGUGAUAAUGGAGGUGUUUUACAAUAUUUACAAAGGAUGAUAAGUGAAGAUCCACACUUUUACUAUGCAAUACAGUUGGACGUGGAAGAUCUGAUUACAAAUAUAUUUUGGACCGAUGGUAGAAUGAUACAAGAUUUUGGUCAUUUUGGUGAUGUCGUUUGUUUCGAUACUACAUACAGAAAACAUCGAGAUGGUAGACCAAUUUCCUUGUUUGUCGACGUAAAUCAUCAUAAACAAACAACUGUAUUUGGUGCAUCUUUAUUGUAUGAUGAAACAAUUGAAACUUUUGAGUGGUUGUUUGGUGCAUUUGAAGAUGCCAUGAUGGGAAAGAGACCAAAAACCACCUUAACAGAUCAAGAUCAAGCAAUGAGUGCCGCUUUAGCUUCCAAGUGGCUAUCAACUUACCAUCGCUUAUGUGUUUGGCAUAUUUUUCAGAAUGCAGCCAUUCAUCUUUCUAGUGUUUUUUCGAGCUUCAAGAACACAUUUGCAGCCGAUUUUAGUCGUUGUGUGUACGACUUUGAAGAAGAAUCGGAAUUUCUUGAUGCAUGGAACGAAAUGUUAGAGAAAUUCAACUUGAAAGAUAAUCAGUGGUUGGCAAGAAUGUUUUCUCUAAUGGAAAAAUGGGCAUUGGUCUAUGGAAGAAGCACAUUUUGUGCAGACAGCAUAACAACUCAACGAAGUGAGUGCAUGAAUGCAGUUGUGAAGCAUUAUGUAAAUUACAAAAACAACAUAGUUGAGGUGUUCCGUCAUUUUCAAAGGUUGAUAGAUGAUCGUCGGGAGAAGGAAUCUAUAGAAGAUUUAAAAAAUGCUCAAAGUUCUCCUGUUAUGACAUUUCCAUUAGAAAUUUUAAAGCAUGCUGCUACAGUAUAUACACAUAAGAUGUUUGCAUUGUUCAGUGAAGAGUUGAGGAAGGCAUUUGAAAGCAAGAUCGAGAUUGUAGGAAGUUUGAAUUCUCAAUUAGUAGGAAAAGCAGUUGAGAGUGAAGAUAGUUAUACUUAUGCCAUAGAUUGUCUCUUGACAAUGGGAAAUGACAUUGAUGGAAUGGCAGGGAAGACAAAUAAUGUGACAGUUGAGGCAAAUAAGGUUGGAGACAUUUCAACUAAUGGUGAUAUCAAUGAAAGUCAAAUUAAAGGCGUGAAACCUAAAGGAAGGGAAUCUGAAGGGUCUAAACUCAUUAAUAAUGAGUACUGGAACUUGACAUACAAUGUUUUUGAUAAUCAAAGUACAUCAUGA